UCUUUCUCCUCCUCCGCUGCGUCUAUAACUGGAUCUUCUAAUUACGAUGUGUUUAUCAACUUUAGGGGUGAAGAUACUCGCAAUCAUUUCACUGCUUUCCUUAACUUACUUCUGAAAACCAGGGGGAUCAAUGUCUUCAUUGGUAGUGAAAAUUUGUGGACUGGAGAAGCCAUUGGCCCUUCCCUUUUCAGAGCGAUCCAGGGUUCCAAAAUCUCGAUCCCUGUCUUCUCUAAAGGUUAUGCUCAUAGCAAAUGGUGUCUGAUGGAACUUGCUCACAUAGUUCAAUUCCACAAAUCCAACGGCCAAAAGAUCCUGCCCAUAUUCUUUCAUGUUGAGCCAUCGCAAGUUCGACAUCAGACUGGAAGUUUUGAAGAAGCGUUUCAAGAAUACGAGAAGAAUUUCGAGCCCCAUAUCAUAGAGAAUUGGAGGGAAGCUUUGAGAGUGGUAGGAGAGUUGAAAGGAGAAGUUAUCGACGAAACUACGGAUCAAGCAAAGUUAGUUGAAUUAAUUGUUCAAAGGGCUCUUGGUGAAUUGGUCAGUAAGACACACUUGACUGAAUGUAAAUACUCUAUUGGAAUGGAAUCCCGUGUAAAUCAUCUAUUAGAUUUAUUAAAUGUUGGCUCCGAUAAUGUUCAAUUCGUGGGUAUCUGUGGUUUUGGUGGCAUUGGGAAGACAACUCUUGCAAAGGCUGUAUACAAUCACAUCCUUUCAAGCUUCGAUAAACAUAGUUUUCUUUCAGAUGUUAGAGAACAAGCAACACAAUGGAUGGGUCUUGUGUCUUUGCAGAAACGACUUCUUAAAGAUAUCUUGAAAGCAGACAUUGACAUUGCUGAUUAUCAUAGUGGGAAAAAAUUUAUACAAGAAAAACUUUGUAAAAAAAAUGUUCUUGUUGUUCUUGAUGACGUGGACAAACGAGAACAAAUAGAUGCUUUGGCUGGUGAACUCAAUUGGUUUGGUCCAGGAAGUAGGGUCAUAAUAACAACCAGAGACGAACAUUUUCUGAACAUGGCUAACGUUGAUAAAGAUAAAAUAUACAAGCCUCAAGAGCUAGAUCGUAAGCAAUCUCUUCAACUAUUUAGUUUGCAUGCCUUUUCAAUGGACCAACCUCCUAAAGAUUAUAUGCAACUUUCACAAGAUCUGGCCUGCUAUUCUGGAGGGGUACCUUUGACUCUCGAGGUUUUAGGGUCUUACCUAUCGGGCAUAAGCUGUAAAGAAGUGUGGGAAAGUACAUUACAAAAAUUGAAAGAAAUUCCUAAUGAAGAUGUCCAGAGAAGGUUGAGGAUAAGCUAUGAUAGUCUAGAAGACUAUUGUCAGAAAGCCAUAUUUCUUGAUGCUGCUUGCUUUUUCAUUGGAUGGGAGGAAGAAACUGUAAUUUCUUUUUGGGAAGCUUGUGGUUAUUAUCCAAAAUCAGCAAUAGACAGAUUAAUUAAAAGAUUCCUUCUAAAGUUUGAAGAAAAUGAUAACGGGGAAUACUACUUGAAGAUGCAUGAUCAAAUUCGAGACAUGGGAAGGAAAAUUGUCUUAGAAGAAAGCCAUAUGGAGCCGGGAAAGCGUAGUAGGUUAUGGUCUCAUGAUGAAGUCUUAGAAGUUUUAGAAGGGCACAAGGGAACUGAUAUGAUAAAAGGCAUAAUCCUUCCCUUUGACUUAUCGAGGGUUUCUCUAGAUAGUAAACACUUUGAGAUGAUGCCUAAUCUAAGAUUUCUCGACAUUAGUUCAGCAAACUUUAUGGGAAAGUUUUUGUGCCUUCCUUCCGCAUUAAGAUGGCUCCGGUGGAUGGGCUGUCCUUGGGGUAUUCUACCAACCAAUUUUUAUCAUGACAGACUAGUUUAUCUUGACCUUUCGCGGAGCCUUGUUAAACAAGCUUGGAAUAACAGGCCUCAAGAUGAAAAUGAGCGGUUCCAAAAUUUGAAAGUUCUUGAUCUUAGUGAGUGUCGAUAUCUAUUCAAGUCCCCAGACUUUUCAUGGUUUCCUUACUUGGAGCAAUUAGAUCUUGGAAACUGUGAUUCCUUGGAUAAAUUAGACGAGUCCAUUGGGCAGUUGAGUUGGCUCAAAAAUCUUAUUCUUAAGAACUGUCGGCAAAUAAAAGAGUUGCCUAUGUCCAUUGGUGAUCUAAAAUCUUUGGUUGAGCUCCAAUUGAGUGCUUCAGGAAUUAAGAAAUUGCCCGAUCAUGUUGGACUAUUAGAGAAGCUUGAGGUACUAGAUGCUAAGGAUUGCCAUCAACUAGUGUAGCUACCAAGAUCAAUGGGGAGAAUGAGAUGUUUGCGUAUCAUUAACCUGAGAGAAACUCGUGUUGCAACAUUUCCUGAUGAUUUUUCAAUCCUCUCGAAUUUAGUGGAGUUGAAA